GACCUAUCGGCCUUAUUAGCAAACAUCAGCAUGGCCAAGGUCAUCCGACUACCCGAUCUAGAGGCCGGUUGGCGAUGGCCUCGUCAACUCAACAUCCACACGGCCGACAUCAAACAAGAAUGCCUCAACUGGGUGUCUAGUUUCGGGGCAUUCACCCCCAGGCACAGAAGGCCUUCGACAAAUGUAACUUUAGUCAGUGGCACCCGUAUCUAUUUACCAUUGAGUGACAAGGCUCCGGCACGCUGACAUGAACUUUUGCAGAUUUGCUGGCUGGUCUGAUGUACCCGCGAUUGGACAGAGAACAAUUGAGGUGUACGUGUGAUGUCAUGAACCUCUCCUUCAUCUUUGACGAGCACUCCGACAUAUCUGAACCGGCCGAUGUAUGGAAUCAAGUCGACAUCUUGAUGGAUG